AUGGCUGAGGGGCCAGGAAUCAACAAGGAUCUGCAGAUUUCCUCGUGUUUGCUGAUUGAUGGCCGGUGUCGAUCCAACAGGCAGAAGGGUGUUCCUUUACCGUUCGUCUCCAUAAUUCUAGUCAAAAGUACGGACAUAACCAGCACGGUUGGCUAUGACAAUCUGAUCCAGCACAUGAACGAUGGGCGGAAAACCUGCAAGGAGUUGGAGGAUUUCAUCAAACAGAGGGCUUCCAUCGAGGAGCGAUAUGGGAAGGAUCUGGUUUCGUUGUCAAAGAAAGUAUGUGGACAGAAUGAGCUGAAUACACUGAAGAGGGCGUUCGAUGUCUUUAAACAACAGAUGGAGAAUGUAGGGUUAUCACACAUACAGCUCGCAAGCAGCUUACGGGAAGAAAUCCGGAGACUGGAGGAGUUCCGGGAAAAACAAAAGGAUCAAAGGAAAAAAAUUGAACAUUGCAUGGAAAACUUGCACAAACAGAAGACAAUGUUCUACAAGAAAACUAUGGAUUCCAAGAAGACCUACGAGCAAAAAUGUAAAGAAAAGGAUGAAGUUGAACAGAUGUUAAAUCGAAGUGUUGGCGUCAGCAACGCCAAGCAGCAGGAGAAGUUGCAGACGAAGGCAAACCAGAGCAAGCAGAGUGCAGAAGAUGCCGAUCGACUGUACCAGCAGAAUAUCUCCACUCUGGAGAAGAUUCAGGAGGAGUGGCAGACGGAGCACAUCAAGACCUGCGAGUUCCUUGAGAAACAGGACUGUGAGAGGAUACACAGCAUUCGUAAUGCAAUGUGGGUACAUGCCAAUCAGCUAUCCCAAGAGUGUGUGACCAGUGAUGAGAUGUAUGAGGAAAUACGGAAGGUGUUGGAACAGUGCAACAUUCAGAAGGACCUUGAAUUCUUCAUUGACUUGAAAAGAACUGGAGACAUGCCACCAGCCUUCAUCUUAUAUGAGAAUUAUUACAGCGGACAGAGAGGAGGGCCUCCCCAAAGCCGAGCUCUUGCAAACCCAAGACGUCUGCCUCUACCGAACCCUGAGAAUUCAGCGUCUGAACCGCAAUAUGCUACUGUUGGAGAAGAGGGUUAUAGUUUCAUUCGAUACCAUUAACAGUAUUACAACAGACAAAUGCCAACAGGUGCUCUGUGAUGUUGGAACAUCAACAUACUGGCCACCAAGAGAUGCAAGAUCAUUUGAAGAUGGCGAUUUGGGUUACUACCACAGAAUGCAGCCCUUGCUGCCAGAAUUUAUACAUACACACAUAUUUCUACAUCACAACAAUUUGCCAAUAAUACCAAAUACUUUGAGUGCCAAUAUCAAUUAGGAAGGAAUUGUGAAUUCAUUGUUGGCCUCUUUCCUCGCUCCACCCCAUGUCAAACUAAAAGACUAAUUCCACAAUGGCGUGUCUUUUAUGGCUCAAGUAACAGAGAAAUUCUAUAUGGGGAAACAAUUGGAUCUCUACACGAGUGCUGAUGGAUCAAGGGUGGAGUGGUGGUAAGGGUUAAACAGAGAUAAAUAGUACAUUAUCCAGGGAUGCUGAAAUAAAUUAUUAGCCUCAACCUAUAAAUCUACACAAAGCUGUUGAAGAAAAAUAAGGUGAAGGCUCCUCUUCAAUCAAAUCGUGAACUUGAGUUCUCACUUAAAUGCUCAUUAUGCACUAUUUAUUUGGACAUUUGAAAUGUGUGGAAAGGUAGAUACUAAAACGGAAGAACUUUUUCCAACCAAAAAUAACAUUGGUUUCUUAAUGGAGCCCUGAGUAUGCUUCAAUAGCAAUUGUUGUAAUAGAGGCUGUACGGUUUAGGUGGAGGGAAGGUGGUUGGACUCAAAAUAACAUAGGUGUUAAUGAAUUUUAUUUGGGAUAAGAGAUUGGGUAAAAAUCCUUGAAAUAUGUAUUUGUUAUGUUUGAUAAACUCCAUUUAACAGUGUGAACAAAAUGUAAAAUUAACUCACUUCUCUGCCUUCAUAAUCUUGACAAUCUGCAAUGAAGCAUGGGAGUGUGCUCAUUAAAUCAAGGAGGUAAAUAUUCGCUAAACAAAAAUGGGUACUUCGAGAAUAUUAGAGAAAGUCAUAGACCCUUGUCUUCUGCUUUUAGUCUUUUAGCUACGUCCCUUGUCUGAUUCAAGGUGGUACCUUAUAUCCAUUUUGCCUUUGCACCAGCAUGCUGGUAAACUAUCAAUUUAAGUGAUAGACUAGGCCAGGGGUCGGCAACGUUUACCACUAAAAGAGCCAAUAUGGACCCAUUUCCCACAGAAAAGAAAACACUGGGAGCCACAAAAUGAAAUAACACUGCAUACAACGGGUUUUUUUUUUGCCUUUAUGCUAUGUAUAAACAAACUAUAAUGUGUUGCAUUUUUGAAAUUGAUGAACUCCUGCAGAGAAAACAAAAUUACAUUUCUGCAUGCAGCAAAAACAUUUUGAACUCCGAAAAAAAGACGUUGGGUUGAAGGUUACUACAUAGGUAGCCUACCUUGGAUCGAAGAAUUAAAAGAAUGCGCGCACUGGCGGGUGUCAGGCAUUGGCAGUGGUGAUGUAUAUUAAUAGCGAUAAAAAAACACGUUGUAGCGGUGUAGCGCUACACGCAGCGCUAAAAUAAAGACUGCAGUCAAAGGUAACUUUAUUCAAACUAAACAGCCUUGCUUUAAAGCCUCCCUCAACCCGUCCCCGUGGGCGCGGAUGCUCCAAAAGACACGUACUCACAAACCCCCGUAGGCUAUCUCCCUUAGUCGGAACGGUGGCUAAUUGUGAGCCGGUUCGGAUGUGCCAGGAAACGGUGUCUCCGCAAAGUUUUCAUAUUGUACAAGAUCACCAUAAUCUUCAAAUUUCGAAUUACAUUUCAAAAGCUAACAAACCACGGGGAGCCGCAUCACAGAGAUCAAAGAGCCGCAUGUGGCUCUGGAGCCGCAGGUUGCCGACCUCUGGACUAGGCGAAAAGGAACCAUUCAUUUACCUGUCACUACACAGUAGUCUAUAAGUCGAAAUACUUUUGCAAGCCAAAUGAAGUUUUAACAAUAUUGUUAUGUACCCUGAGCUUCUGUAGAGUUUAUUUCAAGUCUAAUUUGUAUUAAUAAUGUAAUUGAUUUGAAGGGCUGCUAUCUUUUUUUUAUAAGACCAGCUCAAUCCUUGGAUCAACUUCUGUGUUUUAUUUUCUUGCAGUAUGUGACCCAGCAACUAGUUAAGAAGAUCUGUCAUUACCUCCCUGUGUUGCUCCCUCCGUUCACUUUUCCAUGCAAUUCUCAUUCUUCAGUCCAUUUUAAAUAAAAAUGAAUUCUAUUCAAAGCA